GCUGCUGAGUAACGACCACGGCGACCGUACGGAGGAGAUCGUUCUGCUGAUCCAGGACUUCUCAUCCGAGGACUUGAACCGGGAGUUUAACUGCUACGUCGAGAACACGGCCGGGAACCAGACCCGCAGAGCCGCCCUGCAGCUGGAGGUGUGGGUGCCCUCGGUGGAGCUGGGCGUCGGCCUCGGGGCGACCCUCGUCCUCAUGCUGCUCCUCUUCAUCAUCUAUCACGUCUUCUGGCUGGAGCUGCUGCUGCUCUACAGGUCCUGGUUCGGCACCGACGAGCGGCACACAGAUGAUAAGGAGUACGAUUUGUACAUCUCCUAUGCGAGGGGCAGUGAGGAGGAACUCUUCGUUCUCUCCACUCUUCGCAGCGUUCUGGAGAACGAGCUGGGGUACACCGUGUGUAUCUUCGACAGAGACAGCCUGCCGGGGGGGACCAUCACAGACGAGACUCUGAGCUUUGUGUCUCGUAGCCGGCGCCUCCUCGUGGUCCUCGGCCCGGGUUACGCCUCGCGGGGGUCCCAGGCUCUGCUGGAGCUGCAGGUGGGGCUGGACAGCAUGGCCCGGGGGGGGCAGCUGAGGGUCAUCCUGGUGCAGUACCAGCCGGGGGGGGGGCGGGGCCUGGUCCGCGAGCUCAGGAGGGCCCGCGUGGUUCUGGCUCUGGUCCGAUGGCAGGGGGACAAAUCCAGAGAUCUAACCUCUCGCUUCUGGAAGAGGCUGAGGGUGGAGCUUCCUGUGAGGAGGGGGGGAGGGAGGGGGGAGGAGGGGGGGAAGGGGCUGAGGCUGCAAAGUCAGAACAGCACCAACUCCCAGACGGGCCUCAUCACCAACAGCAUCAAACACCCGCAGAAGGUCUUCCAGGCCGCGGCGUAGAAAAAUGUUUUUUAAUUCUGAGAAAAAGUCCAGAUCUUUGAGACCGAAUGUUCACAUGUGGCCUGAACCCUGUCCCGUAGUUGGUUAACCUCUGUUACAUUUGGUCAUACAGAUAUAAAUAUUAUGGUCGUCUGCAUAGAGGGAGAUUUACAACAUCAAUAUUAAAGCAGCGCUGCUGUAGAGGAGUCUAACCCUAGAGGACAGAUGCGUGUACUGCAACGCUCCACAUACCAGACCCAGAAUCAGAUGAUGUUCACAGAUGAGUUGAACGUCUUAGUCAUUUAGUUUUCUACCAGACCCACGAUGAAUGUACUGAGAACAUAGAAAUAAAAAAGCCUUUUGUCUCAGAUUAAUUUACUUCCUCAUGAACUCAGUAUUAUUUGUCGUCUCACCACCAUGAGCUUCACCUGCAUUUACAUUUAGUAACAUCCCUCAGGGAACCGUUCACUUUUUAUAUUUAAGUUGCACCUCUAGAGAGAAGCUCCCAUUGACUUCCUCUAGUGGCCGUUAGAGGAACUGCACAUUGCAAAGCACGUAAAUAAGGUUGGGAGAUUUAAGAUACCACGCAAGAUACACUUUAACAAGUACUUGUAAACAUGUUGAAGGGAAACCAACCCUCGGGGAUGUGCAGCAGCGACUUGAAUUGUAUUUUAGUCAGAAAUAUAUGUUUGAAACUCACCUGAUCAUUACUCUUUCUAUGUUUCAUUUUAAUGUUGGUUUUAUCGUAUAAAUGCAUAUCUACAAUGAAUCAAGGUUUAUAUUUCUGUUCAUUAAGGGAAACUGUGCUCUUCAUCUUUUGCACUUAGCGGUAAUGGGAGAAAGCAUCCUGCGCUUUGUCUUCAUUCACUUUGUAUUUUUCUGUAAUCCACCUCAUGUUGGUUUUUAAUAAAUGUUUUGUUCAUCUA